AUGGCGCCGGCCGGACUCGUGGUGGCAGCUGCCUCCUUCGCUGCGUUCAGGGGGCUGCACCGGAGUCUCGAGCUGCUGCCCACCCCGCGCCUCGCCGACACCCGAGACCGCUGGACGUGGAGAAACAUCUGUGCCUCCCUCGUGCACAGCCUGCUGGCCGGGGUCGGGGCGCUGCUCUGGAUGUACCAGCACUCACAUCUGAUCUCGGAUUUCACCCACAGCUGCCCACCUAGGACUGACUGUCUGGUCUCUCUGUCCAUCGGUUAUUUCCUGGCGGAUGGGGUGGAUAUUCUAUGGAAUCAAACAUUUGGCCGGUCGUGGCACUCAGGAAAGCCGAUCGUCCUGGAGACCUACAAGAUCGAGGCGGGACCAGAGCUACACUGA